AUGGCUGACGAUGUUCGAAAGCAGCUGGACGAGGCAGAAGCAGGAUGCGUGGCUUGGCUGGCGACUUUGAAUGCCGCAGAACACGACUACUUGCUUGGGGAGCUGCCAGGCUCUCACUUUGAAAGGGAGCCUAGAUUGGAUGAUGAAGACAAUUUGAUUAGUAUAAAAUCGAAUUGGGAUACUGCCAAGAGGGUGAUUGAUACCUACAGGGAGAAUAAUCAAGGUGGUAACGCGCUAGGACCAUCCACCAACGUCCCAGAUGCGUUGAAGCUUCCUCCAGGCUGGGCAAUAGAACCUACUGCUCCGACCAAGCCGACUAAGCCUAAAUCGACAAAAUCGACAAUUGGCAAAGGGAAAGGGAAAGCCGCUCCCAUCGAGAUCGAACAAGAUGAGUUGGAGGAGACUGACUGUGAGCUAUCAACCAGUACCUCAGGGAUUAGUGGGAGUGGAGACGACUUUCAGCUCCCGGAGGCUGACCAAUCCCGGACCUCCGGGAACUCUGGGUCCUCAGACAAAGGCAAAUCCAAACUUUCCCCCGAUCUCGAUGACGAGCCCCCAAAGAAAAAGGGCAAGAAGAUUCCUAUAGUCUCCUAUCAAGCCUAA